AUGAAAGUUGUUUUGGUGAUUACAAUGGUGGUUUUUAUAACCGCCCAAACAAAACCGCUACAUUCGAAUGAUGCUCCAGUUGAAAAUCAAGGUAUGUGAAAAGUUUAUGAUAGUGUUCUUUUUUUAUUUCAAAAAAAGGUUUUAUUUUCCUGUCUUGAAUUCUUAUCACAAUAUCCAAAAAAAUUGCGAAAAAUGAUUUUUCAAAUUCCUUUUAGCAGUGUUUUUUCUUACAGCAUCAAAAGAAGAAGCUGCUCAAAUACUUUUUGGUGAACGUGGAAUUUUAACGGGUAUAUUUCGAAUGAUGGAUCAACAGAGAAAAAUUCAACCAGCCGCGGCUCCUCAACAUGAUACAUCGGAUAACGGAAAAAUCGGAAACUUUGAUUUCAAAAAAAUUGUUGAUACAUUAGUUAUGGGUGCUGCUGAUAAGGGUGAACUUGGUGAUCAACGAGUUGAAUUGCCUGAAUUUUUGGGAAUUUGUAAUCGUCUGUCUUGUGGUGAUAUUUACAAAGCAAUCGACAAAUUUAGAAAAUCAGAGAUGUUCAGUAAUUUCCAGGUGAUUAUUUUAAUAAAAAUUUUUAAAAAUGAUUUUGAAAAUAUAUUAUAUUUAUUUCAGACAGCGUUGACAUUGGUGCAAGAUCCAAAUGGUUGGGAAACCAUCGGUAAACUUCUCUCUAACCCGGAGUUGAUUUCACAAUUUACUGCUGGAAGUGGAAUGGAAGAAUUGUUUGGAAGCGCUUUGGGUGAAGUUAAAAAAGAGAGCAAUAUCAGUGAGUUAUCCUAUAUUAUUUCUACUGAACAUCUAACUUCAUUUUUUCCAGCCAGAAGUAAAAACUCAAAAUUGAUGCCAGAAGAUGGAGAUUUUGGAAUAGAUUUCAGUGAAGAUGGAGAAACAGAAAAUGUGACAAAGAUAGAGUUCAGUGUUGAUAAGAAGGCUGGCGGAGGAGGAAGCGAAGAUUAUUAUUCUGAAGUUUCUAAUGCUGGAGACGAUUCUGCUGAAUAUGAAACAGUUGAUGAAAAACCACCACCACCAUCUACCAAAAUCACGAAGGAAAAUGGGCCAGAUUUUAGUCGUGAGUUUAGAGGGAAAAUGGAGAAUUAGGUGAACUGAAUAACUGAAAAAGUUAAUGACUUCAGACAUCACUUUUAUAGAAAAUGUUUACUCACAUCAUUUAUUUUCUCAAAAUUCAAACUCUUGAGAAUCCACCUCUCUCACAUGCAUUCCGAACCCAAAAAACACAUGUUAUAUUUUUCUAGAGACUAUGCCCCCAAUAUCAUUUUCAAUUGAUGAAGGAGGAGAUGAAAAUGAAGCCGAAACAGUAAACACCGCCGAGGUGGCGCCUACAAAAAUAAUUAAGGUAUGAAUCAUCUUCUUAACAUUCUUGAGCAACAUAAAUCGAAGUGUUGUUUUUUUUUCAGAGAAUUCAUGCAGGAAGUGUUGUUGAUGUCAAUCAGAAACCUGUUGAGACAAUGACAGUUACAAGAGUGAGUAAUUUUUUUUCGAAGUUUAUUCUUGAUUUGUUUUAAAAUUUUCUUCAGACAUUUUCAACAACUCGAAUGGCAACCACAACAACAACCCCGAUCCGAACAGUGCAAACAAUCCGAACCACCACUCGGCCAACCACAACUACUACAAUUCGAAAUUUCCGAAAAGAUAAUGAUUAUUACGCAAUGUAUUAUGAUGAUAAGUUAUGA